GUCAUUGGGAGCACGUUGGCCGGAAGUUGCCUAAGUAGCAAGCUGUCAUCGGACCCGCUAGCUGCGAGCUGUACCCACAACACGUCUAAACAGUAGUUUUAGAUCGUCAUCAAGUAGAAGGCAAAUUAGCUUCUGUCGGGAUAUGGAUGACGACGUGCUGACGACGUUGAAACUGUUGAUAAUUGGCGAAAGUGGAGUCGGAAAGUCCAGUCUUCUCCUGAGGUUCACAGAUGACACUUUUGAUCCAGAGCAGUCAGCAACAAUAGGUGUGGACUUCAAAGUGAAAACACUCUCCAUAGACGGGAACAAAGCAAAGCUCGCCAUAUGGGACACUGCUGGACAGGAAAGGUUUCGCACCCUGACGCCUAGCUACUACCGCGGUGCACAGGGAGUCAUUCUGGUAUAUGACGUCACAAGGCGUGACACUUUCACAAAGCUCGGAAACUGGCUGAAUGAACUGGAAACCUACACAACACGCAAUGAUAUCGUAAAAAUGCUAGUUGGGAACAAGAUUGAUAAGGAUGACCGUGAAGUGGACCGAAAUGAAGGCUUGAAAUUUGCUAGAAAACACUCCAUGCUUUUUAUUGAGGCCAGUGCAAAGACCAAAGAUGGCGUCCAGUGUGCCUUUGAGGAGCUUGUGGAGAAGAUCCUCCAGACUCCGGGGCUCUGGGAGAGCGAAAGCCAGGGUCAGAAGCUCCGUUUCGGGGACCAGCCGCAGGCCAGUGGCAGGGCAUGUGGUGGAUAUUGUUCCAUAUCCUGAAACAGGACAGAACAAUAGAAACACCAACCUGAUACAAGUGACUACGGGCCCAUACCAGAGAGAAAAUGAUAGAAUGAGAGGGAGAGGCAGAAGUUAAUGAGUGCUUUUAUAAGAAUUUCAUUGUUGGAGUAGUUCUAUCAGUCCAUCAGACUUUGCUGUUUGCACACUUCCUUUACAACAACCCUCUGUCUCAUGUCAUUACUUUCUCUUUCAAACUCAAGUGAAAGGAUUAUACACAAAUAGUCUCUUUUUAAGAGAAGUAUAGUAUUUUAAAUUAACCAUGCCAACUAUGUCAUGUGACUGCAUGUCUGGUUUGAAUUUAUCGUACUGGCAACUGAUCCUGUUGAACAUUAAGGCAUCGGGUUAAUAGUGUAGUGCCUAUACCAUGAGUCAAUUUGUAGGUUGCAGUACACAGAUUGUCACUUUUUUUUUUCUUUUCUUCAAAACAAUGAUUUAUAAUCAGUUAGGAAGUCUUUAAGGUCCUUUACAUCUAUGGAUUUGCCAGCUUUAUCACAAGUAUGUCAACAUUGUGUGGGUUGAGGAUAGUGGUGGCAGAGACCUGUUAUGCACCAGAUCACUGUGAAUGCUCCCAAAGAUGACAUAUCACAAUGGACCCCAGUUACUGACACCGCUUUAUUUUUUUUACUGUUAGUUCAGUUAUUCACUUUAUGUUGACUCCCAUCAAAUUCUAUGCCUAUCUAAUAUAUAGAUGUUUUCAAAUAAACUGAUUUUCGUUGUUUUCCCUCUUAAUAUGGAAGUAUGUAAGUCAAGUAAUCAUCCUUGUCGUGUCAGGUUUCCUGCAACAUAACCUGUUUGUCUUCGUCUUUGCAUGUCUCAUCUUCCAGAGCUACAAGUUGAAGGCUUAUAGUAUUGAGAGCUCUGGCAAUAAAAUGUGUUCUUUUACUCACUUGAGCUCACUGCCUGUGCGUAUCUGCAUUUUAGUCUGACCUUGGUCCUGUAAGCUUAUUUUUUCACAAUUAUUUAGUAAUUCCUGUGUGGUGUUGUAGUUCAGAAUGCAUCACGUUACAGAUUGAGAGCAUUCCUAAAACCUUCAUUCCUUCCUUGGUUUGGUAUGGAUUUCAUGGAUUAUUGCUGUUUGUUUGAAUUCUGUUUUCUUGUUUAAAUUGAUGUUGACCUCUUCCCUGCUUUUAUCCCUGUACUUUUUCCUGUUGCUGUGCGUCUGUUUGAAUCAUCCUAUACAGCAAUAA